AAGACUUCGCGGCGCCCGAGUCCCCGACAAAUCUCUUCUUCUCCGGAUCCGUCUUCAAGUCUUCAUUUCGCUGUUUCGGCGUUGUUGGUGUUGGAGGCUCACGACAAUCCAACACAAGAAUAGUUACAUGCUCGGACUCAACUCGGAAGAAGUUCUUUGAGGUGAAGUCUGAAGAGAUUGUGUGUUUUGCCAUUGCUUCGAUGGUCCGGAGCUGCUUGAUUUCGUUAUUCCAGGCUGAAGGAGCGCCGAUCAAUGCAUUCACUAGAUGCUCUGAGGGCUCAGACCCGGCUUGAAGGCAGGUCGCUCUCUCAUUCAUUCUCCUCUGGAUCCGAAGGGAGAUGCUACUCACCAUGGAAGUACUUAGGCUUGCCAAAAAGGAUAGGAUUUGAUGUAAUUGCCAUUCGUCCAAGGAGGUCGAAACUUGUGGUUAAAGCAGUUGCUACGCAAUGGCCAGAGCGGUUGGCUCUGAUUGAUGGUGAUUGGCAAGGUGAACUAAAUGGAAAGCUGGAGAGUUCUAGUCCAGCCAUUAUUCAGCUUGAGGCAACUGCUGAAGAUUCAAUGGAAGAGUUUGAGAGAGAAAACAUACGGCGCACAAGGAUUUCUAGGUCCAACAAAGGAAAAGCACCAUGGAAUAAAGGCAAAAAACACAGUGCUGAAACUAUCCAGCGGAUACGAGAGAGGACAAAGCUUGCAAUGCAAAAUCCAAAGGUGAAAAUGAAGUUAAAGAACACAGGGCAUGCACAGAGUGAAGAGACAAGAAUGAAAAUUGGGGCCAAGGUGAGAAUGGGGUGGCAAAGACGCCGUCGAAGUUUGAUGAUGCAGGAAACAUGCUUCUGUCAAUGGGAGAACCUAAUUGCAGAAGCUUCUCGAAAAGGCCAACUCAUAGGUGUAGAGGAGCUGCAAUGGGAUACAUAUAAUAUUUUGGACAAACAGCUUGAGCAGGAGUGGUUGGUGAGUGUUCAGGAACGCAAAUCAAUGCCUAGGCCCAAAGGUAGCAAGAGAGUACCAAAAUCCCCAGAGCAGAGGAGGAAAAUCGCCAAAGCAAUUGCUGCAAAGUGGGAAGAUCCUGACUACCGUAAUAAGGUUUAUUCUGGGAUGGUAAAACAUUAUGGUACACCUAUUAAAGCUCAGAGAAAGCCGAGAAGAAGGAAAAUCGACACUCUGGAGUCCAGAAAGAUGGACCCAGCAGAGAAGAGACCAGACGAUACUGAAAAUGCUUCUAGGAGCGACACUAGAGUUGAUCUCCAGCAAUUGAGAUUGAGGAGAAGCAAGAUGCCCCUGUAUAAUGACCCUCUGGUAAGUUCAAAGUUGGAAAUGAUUAAAAAUAUUCAAGCUGAAAGAGCAGCCAUGGAUACCAAGGCAAUUGAAGCUGUUGAACAAGCAAGAGUAUUGAUUGCUCAAGCUCAGAAGGCUGCAAAAGCCCUCGAGGUGGCUGCAAGGACCAAUUCCAUAGCUCGAGAUUCUCUCCUGGAAGCAAGACGGAUGACAGCUGAAGCAGAUAAACUGAUCAAAUCCAUAGAAACUGGGCAAAGUUUAUCCGGUGAGAAUGGGCCACUUGUUUCAGAUGCUGCGGCUGAAAUGGUUGGCAAAAUUGGGGAGGGAACAAUUCCAAGUUCUACAAACAUACCAAAUCACAGAUGGGUUAAUGGAAGCCACGAACUUGUAUCUGGCAGCAGUGAAAACUUUGAUUUUAGCAACUUCACGUGGCAGAAUGCACUAGACGAUGGAGAGAUACUUAGUCCAGAAAGUUCCAGUUUUGGUCGACCUCAGUGGAAGUCUCCGAUGAAGAAUUCGCAUCCAGCUCAGCAAUGUGAUCAAAUGGGAGCAACUGGGAAUGUGAACCGUGUAGGUCAGGCUAAGGAUGAAAAGCGAAUAGCACUGAGAGUACAUAAGGCUACGAAGAAAUGGGUUCGAGGAAGGCUUGUUGAAGUGACGGAGUCGACAUAGUUUCAGCUUACUAGGCAUCCAACCAUUGAUUUCUAACGGUAGAUUUUACGAUGUGUUCGCAGUAGUUCCAAGUCCCAACUCUGGCUGCUUCGGCAGCAGUAGGUGCCUCUUGAAGAAUUAACUGCAGCCGCUACAAUACACAAGGUUCACACCUUGUUCAUCGACGCUUCAAAGAGCUCCUUCUGUUCCGUCGUUUUAGAAUCAGGAACUUUGCCAAUCUUUGAUAAGGCUUUGUUACAUCGAUUUCGAACGCAUUGCGGCUCAUGUAUAUGGUCAUCACCUUCCCUUUUGUGUACAUGCUCCAA